AUGGGUGUGCUUCCGGACCUUUCUCAGCCAAAUGUGUCAGAUGCUGCUGAUAGUUCCAAUAGCAUUAAGGAAGUGACAAUAGCCAAAGCUGAUGCUAGGGAAGACAUGAUGGAAAUCGAAGCUAAAACUGAUGAAGUAGAUGAGAAAGAAAAAAAUAAGGAAGAUGAUGAGGAGAAGGAGGAUAAGGUUGAUUCGACUGCAUCAACGGAUGUGAUUACAACCGGCUCUGAUGAUGAUUCUCAGGAUAAUGUAGCCACUCAACAACAAGAGUUAGAUGUUGCCAAGUUUAUUAGUGAGGUGCUGAAAGAUAUGGAGGAAAUCGUGACUACAAGCCAAGCUAAGAAUAUUACCAUUGAACUAAUGGUCGAUGUUGUGGGGCAAUCAUGGGACACCGACGUUAUAAAUAGAAAGCCUAAGAUUUCGACUGUGAAGAUUGUGGGUGGUGCUAAGGAAAACGUUAAUGACCAAGAUACUCGUACACUGAAACUAAUCAAGAAGGUUCCUCUUGUUAUCCCUGAUGAUGUUAUAGUGAAAAUCAUGUCAACGUCCACAAGAAACAAAUGGAAGAGCUUAAUGAAGGCAAAGGUUUCUAUGCAUUGA